AUGGCAGCCCGUUCGGCACGCUCUCUCUCGGUCCUCGGCGCGGCGACGGCUGUCGCCGCUGCCUCGAACUCCAGCGCCUGCACUUCGGCGACCUUCGCCUCACUGACGCUGAGCAACAUCGAGAUCAUCUCUCUUAAUGUCUCUGCUCUGCGCAACCAGUCUCUGGCCUCCGGUCAAGACGCUGGAACCGGCGUUGGUGUGGGCAUCAUCUCGGCUCCGACGGGAGAGACGGCCUCCGGCGUGGAUCUCUGCCAGAUCGCUAUCCAGUACACCCACCCCGGACAGAACGACAACGUCAACACUUACAUCGGACUUCCUCUUGAGGCGGCGAACUGGAACUCCCGGUUCAUGAUGGGCGGAGGUGGCGGUUGGGUUGCUGGCGGAUCGGGCGUCAUCAUCGGCCCCGUGGCAUCUGGUUACUCGAGCUCGUCAACCGAUGGAGGGCACAACUCUACGACUACGACCGCAGAAUGGGGUCUUGUCAGUGAGGGCAACGCCAACUGGCCGGCGCUGAAUGACUUUGCGUCUGUGGCCCUCGAUGAAGCUGCGAAGUUGGGCAAGGCUGCCACGCAGAUGUACUACGGCAAGGAUCCGUCCUACUCGUACUGGAAUGGGUGUUCAACCGGAGGACGACAGGGCCACAUGAUGGCGCAGAGAUUCCCUGAGCACUUUGACGGCAUCCUGGCCUCGGCUUCGGCGUUAACUGGCAGAAGUUCCAGACUGCGUCCAUACGUGAUCCCCCCAUCCUGCGUUCUUAACGCCUUCACGGAUGCUGCUAUCGAGGCAUGCGACGAACUGGACGGCGUCAAGGACAGCAUCAUCUCUCUCCCCGGGUCCUGCAACUUCAACGCUUCUUCUCUCAUCGGCCAGACCGUCGCAUGCACCAACCCCAACGCGACGAUCACCAUCGAUGAGAAGACUGCGCAGUUCGUGCACGGCUUCUGGGAGGGACCCCGCAGCGCUGAGGGCGUUUUCCAAUGGUACGGUUACACUCAGGAUGCUCCUCUGACGGCCGUCUUCAGCCCGACCUGCACAUCGGUCGAUAACUGCACUUACACGCCUUUCUCCGCUACGAACGACUGGUUCGGCGUCUUCCUCGAGAGGAACUCCACCUGGAGCAUCGAGAGCUCCGGUAUCACCCAAGAGCGGUUCGACAGACUGCACCGCAUCUCCGUGGACGAGUACACCUCCUCCAUCGGCACCGACAACGUCGACCUGACGGACUUCAAGAAGCGCGGAACGAAGAUGAUCACCUGGCACGGCAUGCAGAACCCUCUUAUUCCGUACAACGGCACGGUCGACUAUUACGAGCGCGUCAAGGCCUGGGAUGCGAAUGUCGAGGAUUACUACCGAUUCUUCCCUGCUCCGGGUAUCUCUCACUGCGGUGGCGGCGCUGGGUUUGACCCGAGCGACUACGUCUUCGACGCGUUGCGCGCCUGGGUUGAGAACGGCACGGCGCCGGAGACUUUGACUGGCCAGAGAACUGCGGUCGGCAACUCGAGCGAGACCCGUACGGUGAACUUGUGCAUGUAUCCCAAGGUCCUGACCUUUACUGGAACUGAUCCUGAUGAUGCUGCUUCAUAUGAGUGCAUCUAG